AUGACGUUCACGAAGCAGCCGCCCGCCGUGCACGACACGGACAUAAGCUUCCCUCAACCCCACGUCCUCGUCGUCACUCUCAACCGCCCCAAGGCCUUCAACGCCAUCCCGCGGCCCCUGCACCCGCAGCUCGCCGCGCUGUGGGCGUGGUACGACGCAGAGCCCUCGCUGCGGUGCGCCGUCCUCACCGGCGCCGGCAAGGCCUUUUGCGCGGGCGCCGACCUCAAGGAGUGGAAUGACAAGGCGGCCGCCGGCCAGGCCAUCGGCGCCGCGGGCGAGCGCGACCCCUCGUGGGCAACGAGCGGCUUCGGCGGCCUGAGCAACCGCCGCGGCAAGAAGCCCGUCAUCGCCGCAGUCAACGGCCUGUGUCUCGGCGGCGGCAUGGAGAUGGCGCUGGCGGCCGACAUGAUUGUGGCCGCAGCGGCGGCGCGCUUCGGCCUGCCCGAGGUCAAGAUUGGUGUAGUGGCCGUGGCUGGUGCCCUGCCGCGGCUGACGCGCAUUGUCGGCCGGCAGCGCGCGUCGGAGAUGGCGCUUCUCGGACGCACAUACGCAGCGGAGGAGAUGCGCUCGUGGGGCGUGGUCAAUCACAUUGUGCCUGAAGGAGGCAGCGUGGUGGAUGAGGCGCUGAGAUGGGCGGGUGAGCUGGCAGGCAAUUCGCCCGACUCGGUCAUUGUCACCAGGGCGGGCCUGCUGGGUGGAUGGGAUCCGGUUGACCCGGUCAAGAGCACGCAGGAGAUUGAUGAGGGCAUCUACAAGUUGCUGGAGGCAGGCGAGAACCAAAAAGAAGGCGUCAAGAGCUUUGUGGAAAAGAGACGACCUGUGUGGAAGGAUAGUAAGCUAUAG